AUGACUCCGCAGGUCAUGCAGACAUCUGAUCCAGCUCUUUUCAACGAUGCUUUCUUGGCGCCGAACGCUACUCAGCAAGCCACUCUCAAUAUCCCUCUGUUUUCACUGGCUACACCCACGCCCACCGCUAGUGGCGCAUCUACUGGCGCUACUAGUGACAGUGUAGCUGUUGAAACUCUCCCGCAAUUUGUGCUUGACGCUAUUGCCGCAGCAGAAGCCACCGACUCUGACCCUCAGGCUCUAGCCGCACAGGAGGCUGCACGGGCAGAUGGCGACAGAUGCAUUGCCUCUGGGAGAUCAUGCACCCCCGACUGGAUUGCACGGCCCGAAAUGCCAAGGUGCUGCCCUGGCCUUACGUGCUAUGCCGUCAUCUUGGCAGUCGGAGGAUGGUGUGGCUGA